AUGGAUAGGGCUGCUACCACGAGAGCUCCCCCGAAGAUUGCUAGGCCAGAAAUUAUGGCAGACGAAAAAAAGAUCUCCGAGUUCUCCGAAAGCCAGCUCAGCAGGAGUGAUGACGAAGGCCAGGAAAUAACGUGGACGGAGGAGGAGGAGAAGGCAUUGGUUCGGAGCGGAAAUGCGUUGACGGAUUUCUUCCUUCAAGAUGUUGGUAUUACACAAUUUCAGUUCAAUGUUGGCCAGCAGCUGCUGUCUGCCGGUAUUGUCCUGCUUGAAGGUUGGACCGGCGGCAUGGAUCGGGGCCCAGAUCGUUGCUUGACAUCGACGCGAUUCUCGGCCUAUUUUAUUGGCAACAUGCUGGCGGGCGCAUGCUCCGGCCUCAUUGCUUAUGGGAUUCUGCACAUGAGAGGGAUAGGGGGUCUUGCCGGUUGGCAGUGGUUGUUCCUGGUCAGUGUCGAUAUCUUGACCCCAUGUUUUUGGAAACGCGCGUGUUCUAACCCAACACAAAUGAAGAUCGAGGGUCUCUUCACAAUUCUUGUCGGUGUCCUGUUUGUCAUGCUCUUCCCACGGUCUUCCGGCAACCCCUUUUCUCUCCUCAGAUUCCGAUACUUCAGCGAGCGGGAGGCACAAAUCCUACAACAGCGAGUCCUCCGUGAUGACCCGACAAAGUUCCAGCCUCGCCGGAACGUUAGCUGGGCUGAGGCGAAGUCCACUUUCACCAACUGGCGACUCCUCCCUCACAUCCUACUAACACUUACAUGCUUGGCACCCGCGACCACCAUGGGCUCCUACGCCCCGUCACUCGUCGUGUCUUUCGGGUUCGACCGGCUCAAGUCAAACGCCAUGAUUUCUAUUGGUGCUUGGUGUUUGAUCAUUGGAAACCUCUUAUGGGGUUUUAUUGCCGAUAAGACCGGACGUAGGGGUCCUCUGGUAUUUUUGGGUAUCUUCAUUCUUUGGGGGCUGACGCUCGGGAACCGCCUUCUUGUCGAGUCCACCAACGGCAACCUCCGGUUCGGCGUGCUUACCGCGGGCAUCGCUUUCCAAGCCACGUUCCACGCCGUACACGGGUCCUGGCUGGCCCUCAACGCCAAAACUGCUGGCGAACGAUCCAUCACCAUGGCUCUUUUCAUCAUGAGCGCGAAUCUAUCAGGCAUCAUCGGCAGCCAGCUCUUCCAAGCGACGGAUGCGCCGCUGUACAAGACAGGAUGGACUGUCAUCCUAGUAUUAGUCUCACUUGGGGUGGUUAUGUCCAUCGCCGCAAAUGUCCAGUACUGGGUGUUGAAUCGGGUCCAGAAGCGAGUGGGCGAGGACAAGUAUCACUAUUGA